CUCUCUCAACACAUACACACAACAAACUCACUGGCAGGCUGGGCCUCACGUACCGUUGCUCCCGCUUGCCCCUCCCGAAACCUUUGCAGACUUGCAUGACUCUAGCCUUCCACUUUGGUUCAGGUUCAGGCAACCCAGAGUAUCCCUCCAUUCGCUCGGCAUACAACCGCUCGGCUGUCGACACGGGGCUUCGCGCAGAUCCCGCCUGCUUUCGCAGACACGCCAAAGAAGCGCACUCGUCUCCGGGAAUGUCUAUCGCAGAUACAGAAACAGUCAACGGCUCGCCGCCUCACCAAGCCAGUCAGCGCAGCGCAUCGCCAAACUCAGCGAACUCCGGGCUACACUUUGCCGCGGGCAUGAGCGGACAGAAGAACCGCGGCGGCCUGGGCGCUCGACGACCUUUUGUGACCAGUAACCACGCCCAUGGACCGUUGGUAUGGAGCACGUCGCUCGGGACACCGACCGGCAACGUGGAUUUGGACAACUAUUCACUCCACAGCUCUCCGGCAAUAGCCUGCCAUCAGCGGCACUUGAGCUCGACCCAGUCUUCACCGCGAAGCUGGGCUUCGCAGGACCAGCUCCAGGUUGUGCCGGCUGGAUGGGAACCGGAAUCUGAGCACCUCCAUGUCCAGUAUCAGAGGUUGGACCCGCAGCUCUCAGGAUUUCGGCCUGGGGGAGGCAACAGCUACCUCCAAACCAACAAUAGCCAGAUGCCAACACCGUUCUCCACCGACACAUUCCAGACCCCGAGUGCACUGGACAGUGGCUACCCAGAAGCAUACCUCGCCUCAUCGAGACACGGGAGUUCCUCUACCUCAGAAAGCGGGCAGCCUCUGUCACCGUGCAGCACAGCACUCGGGCCAAGCAUGGAAGAGGGUGCGCUGAGUCCGACUCCUGGUGCGGCCGCAGUCGAAGAUGUGGCAAUGGUGCAGCAUCUGCCAGACACCAGGGCCGAUGGUCACAGUCGACAGACCAGCAGCGCGACCAGUUCUCUGAGCAGUCGUGGCGCAUCAACCGACCUAACCAACAGCAGCAACAAGAACGAAGAGCCAUACGCCCAACUCAUCUACCGCGCCCUGAUGAGCAACCCCCGGUAUGCCAUGACCCUGCAGGAGAUUUACCAGUGGUUCCGCGAGAACACAGACAAGGACAAGAACGACAGCAGCAAGGGCUGGAUGAACAGCAUCCGGCAUAAUUUGAGCAUGAACCAGGCCUUCACCAAGCGUGACCGCAAGUUAAGCGGCUCCAGGGGCGGAGAAGCAGACAAGGUCGGGCUCUCAGCGGCAGGCACACAGGCCGACAGCAAGAAAGCGACCGAAUGGUACUUGGAGCCAUGGGCGAUCGAGGAAGGGGUGCAGAGCACGACACGUUACCGCAAAGGCACGCAGUCUGGGCGGAGCGCAGCGCGGCACAACCGCGGGUCAUCAGGUCGCGGUUACGGGAACUACCAGCACGGCAGCGGUAGCAGGGGAGCCGAUCUCAGCAGAUACGGAGCGACCGACAGGAAGAGAACCCUAAGCAGCAACAGCAGCAGCAGGAUGAUGCGGCACCAUCACGCCACACUGCACAACACCUCAGCCGCAGCUGCCGCCGCCAGCCAGAUCCAGCAGCACUAUCACCACUUUACCCAUGCCCACCACGCCCACCAACAACACCAGCACCAGCAGCAACAACAACAACUCCUUCAGGACACCCUGAGCAACAACCCGUCCGCGUACGCACACCUCUUCCCCAGCGCCGCCGUCCCGGUCCCAAACCACGUUCAACUGGCCGACAUCAGCAGCAGCACCACCACCGGGAUGAUCAACCGAACCCCCACCACCACCACCACCGCCGCAGCAGCAGCAACAGGCACGAUAGACCUGGACCUAGAUUUCUCCACCUCCCAACCCUUAUUCCAGCCCACAACUCCCAACCACCAGCACCAUCAACACUUGCACAACCACCACCAACGAGCACACAGCGAAGCAACCAUCGACGAACCCGUCACGCCCGAACCGCCAUCCUACACCACCGACCGCGGCGUACCCGGCGUGCCGGGCGUACCGGGCGGGCUGUACUACACGAUUGGCGACCAAACUGUGAAUCAGCACAGCAGCAGCACCGUCGGCAUACCGGUCAUAACGGCAGCAGCAAGCUACGUGCCAUCGCAUGCAGCAGGUCCUGGAGGCGGCGGCGGCUACGAAGACGUCUACGUUUUUGGGAUUGGCUCCGGUCUCGCCGGUGGUGGCGGUACUGGUACUGCUGGGGGUGGUGGUGGUGAUGGUGGGUUGGAUGUUGUUGAUGUCGAUGGGCACAUUGAGCAGGCGGGGGGUUAUGCUGGGCAUGGUUUCUAGUUUUUUUAGAUCGUUUUCACUCUUUUGCUUUCUCUUUUGCUUCAUCUUUGGUUUCGGUUCUCUAAGCCCAUUGUUGUUCAUGUACGAUACACUACCAAGGGCAAGCAGCAGCAUGGCAGGAAAUUUGCAACCUUGG